UACGUUCACUUUCAUUUACAGUAAGUAAUAAAGGCACAUACAAACCUUUAAAAAAAUAUGCAGCAAUAUAAAUAAAUAAAUUCAUCUUUUAUCAGUCCCACAGGGGAAAUUCCUUCUGUGCAUUUAACCCAUUCUCUACUAGAAACCUUCCUAGAGUGAGGAACAGCAUGCAGCCACUGAGCAGCGCCCAGGGAGCAAUGGGGGUUGGGUACCUUGCUCAGGCUUACCCCAGCCAUUUUUAACCCUCUGCUUACAAGUCAAGUUCCCUUUCCACUUGGCCAUGGGCUGCCCCAAAGUUUAGAUCCCUGACCGGGAAUUGAACUCGGACAGCGGCGGUGGGAGCACUGAAUCCUAUCCACUAGACCACCAGGGAACAUAAACCAGAUGAAGGAUGCAAUCAAACGUGAAGUCCUUGAAGAGAUACCACUUUCCUAGCUAAAAAUCUUAUGAUUAAUAGACAAUUAAAGUAAAAUAGAUAUUACACUUUUAGCCACAGACCUUUAUGAGGUAACCUAUUGAGCACCUUUCAUUUACACAUAUUUUAUGGUGAACAAAAACACAUGUUUAAUAACCUAUAUUGAAACACCCCCCCCCAGCUGUCCCGGCUGGCCUAGAUGAGGAUUUAGAUUCAGAAAUGCAGAUUUGUCCUCUGGAGGAUGGUGGUUGGUGUCCCCCACGGCCGGGGCGUGGCAUUUGCCGGGUGGGUGGGGGCAGGCAGGCAGGCAGCACGCCGAUAACUUUUCAAACCGCUGGGACAAAACAAGUGAAAUGCCAGGCAGGAACAAGGAAGUGGCGUUGGAUUUAGCGGGACUCGUUUCUUUGUGGGACCAAAUCAAAUUAGUAUUUUUUGUCCAAAACAGAUUCUCAUUAAGCUUUGGUGUUUGAACUCGUGAGUGAAAUAACUUCAGGUGUUUGUGGAGCAUUCAUUUGCUCAAGUGAAGUGUUGAUAGGAGACUGGGAAGGAAAAGCAGUGUUUUAGAGUUAAAAUAAGUGUCCUUUGAUUAAUUGGGAUUUAUUGUGUCCGCGCACAAAGCCUUGUCUGCUCCAUCUAAAGUGCCCGCCCACAAGGCUCUUUCCUACACAGCGAUAGUGGAAGACGACUGAUGAUCACAGUCUACGGGAUUUGCCGUGGAGGACGCCGCGGAGACUCCUGUCGCUGCCGCCGCCGCCACUGCCGCUACUUGGACUCCGAUUUGCGUUGCCGUCAGUGAAGGAGGGGGAAGGAUAAUUAUCAAUGACCUGUUCCCAGUGUGACUCCACAGCGCCAGGACUUCUCCGAUCACGUCUUGUUGCGUCUCCUGAACGAUUACGCGUCGCUCUCUCUGGACUUAAGUCUUAAACCGAGUGGGAAUCGCCUCCGCAGUCUCGGAUGCGUAAACGGGGAGUGGGAGUGGGUUGGGUCGCCCAGGCGCCUGGUAUACGCACACGUCGUCAGCGAUAAAAGCAGAUAGGUGAGGGCGAAAGCGCCAAGACUGUGGUGUUUGGGUUUUUUUUUUUUGCACCACCAGGAGGAGGAGGAGGAGGAGGACACGGGAGAGGUGAGCCGGACACUGGCAAACCGCCGGGACUCACCGGCUGCGGAUGUGACUGUGAGAACCCUGGGAUUCCUCUUCCUUUCUUUCUGAGUCAGGAGCAGCGGUUUACCACAUUAUCAAACCUCGGCCAGACACCAGCCGUUCUGCUUCUCUGAAGGGGGAAUAGCUGCUGGAAGUGAAUCUGCGGGGCAACAUAAACACACACACACACACACGUAUACACAAUGGCAACCGGUGCGCUCCUGCUCGCCUGCGCGCUGCUUGCUGGUGUCGCCGUGGCCCAGAGAGUCGUAACGGUGCAGAGUGGCCCGCUGAUACGGACUGAGGGCUCCCAUGUGACCAUCUGGUGCAACGUGACCGGCUACAAAGAGGGUGUAGAGCAGGACUUUGAGUGGUCCAUGUACCUGCCGUCAGCACAGGACCGAGAGAUCCGCAUUGUGAGCACAGCUCAGCAGAACUAUGCCUACGCCGUGUACGCCCAGAGGGUGAAUAGCAAAGAGAUCUUCGUGGAGAGGCUCAGCGGUGACUCGGCCGUGCUCCACAUCACCAAAGUGCAGGCCCUGGACCAGGGUCUGUUUGAGUGUUACACACCCAACACGGACGGCCGGUACCUCGGAUCCUACAGCGCACGCACAAACCUAACAGUCAUUGCCGACUCGUUGACGGCAACGUCUCCCGCUGCUACGCUGUCCAAGGUGGAAGGCGACACACUGCAGCUCACCUGUGAGGUGUCUCGAGCCACGUUGCAGCACACUCACCUGUCCGUGGGUUGGUACCUCCGAUCCCCGGAGGAUGCAACCGCCGCACCGCAGGAGCUGGUCACCUUGUCCAGGGACUUUGUCCUGCGCUCUGGUGGAACGUAUCGGCAGAGGAUGGCGGCGGGCGAUCUGCGGCUUGAUAAAACCAGCGCUACUUCCUACAGGCUCACCAUCCAUAAGCUGCAGCCUGUGGAUCAGGGCCUGCUCUACUGCCAGGCUGCCGAGUGGAUUCAGGACACAGACGGGAGCUGGUUCGCCAUGACCCGCAAGCAGAGCAACAAGACUCAGCUCCGCAUUCAGCCCACUGAUCGGGACUUCAGCAUCCAGGUUAGCACGGAGCGACGGUCCUUCACGGCCGGUGAGCCGCUGGAACUUCGCUGCACCAUCGAGGCCCAGAAUGUCCCUGAGCGUUUCUUCUCGGUGUCGUGGGUCUUCAGCAGCUCACCGGUGGCCGUGGUGGGCCCCAGUGCCGUGCCUGUCCUGGGCCCCGAUUAUGUUUCCCGCGAGGCAGCAGGUCACAUGACCGUACGCAAGGAGAGCACCAACGUGUACCUCCUCAAGCUCCAGCACCUGCGCCCUGACGAUUCGGGGAAAUACAUUUGCCGGGUGACUGAGCGAGAGAAGACGCCCACGGGGGACUUCAUCGACCGCAGCAAGAGGUCUCGCAACGUCCAGAUCACAGUCCAGUCACUCAAGAGCAACAUCACGGUGUCAUUGUCCAGUAACUCCUCGGAGGUCCUAGAAGGUGAUGUGAUCCAGUUGACCUGCUUAGUCCAGUCCACUACAGGCCCCCUUUCCAUUGUCUGGCAGUGGACAGACAAGCAGGAGACUGGAUCGGCCCAGGAGGUGGCCUCUGUGGAUCGGGAUGGCACAGUUUUGCACAGCCCAACCUACAGAGAGCGCUCCAGUUACGGGGAGAUCCGCGUGGAGAAAGCGCAAGCGGACACAUUCUCUCUGUCGCUGUACAACGCCUUACCCGGCGACGAGGGCCAGUACCGGUGCGCGGUUACCGAAUGGUUUCAGACCGGCACUGAGCCGGAGCUCAACUGGGAGAAGAUCGGAGAGGAGUCGGCCACCAAGGCGAUCACCGUCAAGACAGUCGAGUCCUCCUUCAUGGUGUCCGCCUCAUCCAGAACACCAUCUGUGUCCUUUGGAGACUCAUUCGACCUCCUGUGUUUGGUCAAGCCCCGGCACAACCCUCGCGUCCCCACUUCUGUCACCUGGCGCUUCAUGCCCGCUGGCACGGACGCCGAUGGCGAGGAUCAGGGAGAGUUCAAAGACUUGGUCACUUUCACCCGGGAGGGCACGCUGCAAUGGGGCGACCAGUUGCUGGGUCUGGGAACCCGCACGACAGUGGACCGCUCCCACUCCAACACCAACUUCCGCCUGUCGGUGACCCGCGCGGGGCGCCGCGAGGCGGGCAAGUACCAGUGCAGCGCCGUCCUGUGGAGGAGAAACUACGACAACAGCUGGAGCAGAGUUGCCAACCGCACUUCCAACCUGCUUGGCAUCAGUGUCCUGCAGCCAGAAAGUAAGCUGCGAGUGCAGAAGACCAAUCAGUCUCAGGUGUAUCCAGAGGACAGUCGCGUCAGGAUCAACUGCACCAUCACCUCUCAGAGCAGCCAGGACUCCCAGCAUGCUGUGUUGUGGUACGUGAGGCGUGCUACAGGCUCAGAGGCCGACGAGCUCCUGCUGAGAAUCGAACGCUCGGGGGCGUUCGAGUACGGGGCGUACGCAGACGAGGAGAGACUGCGGCGCCGCGUGCAGGCCGAGAGGCUCUCGCCGCGUUCCUACGUGCUGACGCUGAACAGAGCUGAGAGCAGCGAUUCUGGGACCUACUACUGCCUGGUGGAGGAGUGGCUGAGUGACCCAGAUGGAGCCUGGUAUCGUCUCUCCCGGGAAUCCUCGGGGUUGACACAGGUCGUGGUGAGGCAGCCAGAGGUUCGACUGCAGGUAGAGGAGAUAGAGUCGAAUGUGACGGUAGAGGAGUCUGGUUCAAUCCGGCUGGGCUGCACCAUUCCCUCCCAGUCGUCCCGAGACUCCCGCUUCUCUGUGUCCUGGUACGUGGAGCACUCUGAAGACCAGGACGCCGAGGACCGGCUGGGGGAGGAAGACGAGGAGAAGGACUGCGUGUUCUCCAUUGGCCAUGACUCCGUCUUUGGAAAUGGGAACUGCAGCCCCAGAGAGGAGGCGGGGCCCAAUUCCCGCCUGCAGUUUGCGAGAAUGGCAUCGGACCAGUAUACCCUGACCAUUCAAGGAGCCCGGCCGACCGACGCGGGGCGAUACUACUGCCACGUGGAGGAGUGGCUGCUCAAUCCCCGCAAUGCAUGGUACCGCCUGGCCACCAACGACUCUGGGUUCACCAUCGUCAAUGUACUGCAACAAGAGUCGACCGUCAAGUCUGUGGUGUGCGCCAACGACUCCCUCUUCUACUUUGUCUUCUUUUACCCCUUUCCCAUUUUCGGAAUCCUCGUCAUCGCCUUGCUGAUGGUUCGCUUCAAGAGCCGCAACAACAGCAAGAGCCAAGAGGGCAAAAACGGGGCCCCUCUCCUGUGGAUUAAAGAGCCUCACCUCAGUUAUUCUCCCACCUGUUUGGACCCCCCUGCACUCAGCCUGCAUCCUGGCUCUGUUGACUAAGGGGGGGGAUGCUCCUGCCUUCCUUCCUCCCUCACACACAUUGCAGAUCCAGCUAACACAAUGCCAGGGAGCACGUGUGGACUCCACCUUCAGACCUUACUGUCAUUCACUGCUGUGUUGAAUUAGUCAAUCAGUUGAUCCGUUUCAAAAUUCCUACCCUGAUUGCUGCCUGUUUUUAUGUUAACAACUGUGUGUGUGUGUGUGUGGACUAAAAUGUGUGAGUGCAAAGUUGAAGGACGAGAGUAUCACAAGCUUCACACACUCUCUCUCUCUCUCUCUCUCUCUCUCAUUGUUUUCCGUGAAACCUAAUCUCAAAAUCUGCGUUUUGAUUUCUAUUACUCUGAAUAUGUGUCUAUAUUUUUGAAAGGGAAGAAAAAUUGCACCGAUGAGAUCAUUGGCUGUUCUGGGAAGAUGAUUUAAGAGAGGGAAACUCUAUAAUGGACUUUGGCACUGAGCGGAUGCCAAAAAAAAAAGUCUCCGCACUGAUCCAAGAGCAGCCACAGCCUGGCCCACUAUGUUGGUUGCCAUAGUGAUGCUCUGUGCCCACUGACUUCAUAGCUGAUGACUUGGUUUCCAGGCUGCAUAGAGACAAAGGCAAGGACACACAAGUCUGUGUCCUAAGUGAGGAUGUGUGUGUGUGUGUGUGAGUGUUGGCCCACCUGCCUCCACAAUGAAUUUGACUUGGCAGACAGAAGCAGGUCCCGGUGUGCCACUUAAACACUGCCAGACUCUCUGGCCUUAGUGAGAGACCGCUCUGCUCUUCUUCCCUGUCCUCUUCCUCUCCCCAAAAAAAAGACAGCGAGAGAAAUAGAGUGGAGGGUCAGAAAUGAUGGAGAAUGAAUAAACACCUCUCUCCUGCUGGGGAUAUACAUACUUCAACACAUGGGAUUUUUUUUUAUAAUUAUUUUUAUUUUUUUUUCAGUGCCAAUUCCUCCUGAUUUCCACGCGGUCGGCAGUAAUUGAAGUUUGUACAGAGUGGAGAUGAAGCGGAUUGUGAAAGUAUGUCUGUUUACCUCCUGCUGUGGGUUUAUGAGCCUUAUGGGCAGUUUUACACCCAUGUAAAAUCAGUUGAAUUGUCCCUUAAACAUUGCACAGUGGGGGUCAGCACCUGAAAUUGAAUUCUUGCACAUCUCUUCGAGUAUGACCACUCUGUCGCCCUGCAGAUUUCGGAAGCCCAAAAGAUGCGCCGUAGUUUAAAGACAACACUUGAUCUGUCCAGAGCCACACUUCAGAUUGCUAAUGUGCGCGUGUGGUGAAACACUCUAAAUCUGUCAACAAAUCGACUCUUGUGUUUAUUUUAGAGACUUUUCUAUUUAUUGUUUUAUACUACUUUGCAUAGCUUUGUAAGAUUUUUCCUUUUUGGUUUUGAAAUUCUCUAAAAAGAAAACUAAAAAAAAAACUGUGCUGCUUGUGUUGCCAGGCAACUGCACCAAGCAGAUUAUGUCAAUAUUCUGUGUGUUGGCAAUGUGGUAGAUGUAGAAAUGCUAGAUUCGUCCUGCGCAUUGCAGUGUGUAGCAUUUCAUACCAGAUUGUCAAGUUUGGUCAGUGUCAGAACACUGUAUAUCUACUGUAUAUCUAUAAAGGACGUCAGUGUGGCUUUGCGUGUACAGUAGUCCAACAGACAAGUCACAACAGUGCAUUUCACUUACCGAUCUUCUGCUUGAGUCGCGUUUAUUUCGUGAAAUGUGAUGUAACACCGAGGUAGGACGUUUGAUCAAAGUCGGCUGCGACUGAACUGUGGAACUGUCGUCUUCUAAUCGUGGAUUCCAGCUGCAGCUGUGUCUCUUCAGUUCCCCCCACCCGACAGAAAAAAGGCAGAAGGGUGGAAAAUCUGUCACUUUCCUUGGAAUGCAGCAGCCGGGAGUAGAGAGUAAAAAUCCUCUACCUGACCCUGGGCCGAACCCUUUCACUGCCAGACUGGACAAGAAAACUCUUGAAAAACUUGAUAAUGUUGUCUCAAUCGUGUCAAUAUUGUGUAUAUUGCAUGAGUAUUGCAGGAGGAAUUUUGAUGUUUUGUAAACUUUAAACUCUUUGAGCAUUAUGUUUGUGUGACAGAGCAGUGCCCAAACACCUCCUCCGCCGCCUCCCCCCCGCCCCCCCAGCCUCCCCCAUCCCAUUUACUGAUUCCUGAGCCAACACAAAGCCUAGCCCCAUUAUUUACUAUAUUUGACUGCCAAUAGUGCUCAUCGAAAACCUAUCAAUUAAUCUCUCUCAAGAGUGGGUGUUGUGGAGAUCGUGUUUGAUAUAUUGGUCAUAUUUGUUCUUUUAAUGCUUUGCUUUCACGCGGCACCUCAUUAAAUAGAUUUAUAGAUCGUAUGUCAUUAAAAACCAAAAGGGCACAGCUGGUACUGAGAGUUCUGAUAUUUCAACUUGCUUUGCUAUUUUAUUUUUUAUUUUUUAAUUUAUUCGUUCACCAGUUCCAUUUCAAGUAAACCGUCGCAAAUGGAGACGAGCUGGUGCUAUUUAGUCAUGUGAGUCAGAAAUGUCAUGCAUGCACGGUGAAUACAGCUACAGCUUAUUAAUGUCAAAGAAGAAGACCACCCCCCCUCCCCCCCACCAUCCCCUCCCUCCCCCUGUGUGCUCAUUAUUAACCAAGCGUUUGCAGUUACAUUUUUAUUUUUUUAUUUUUUUUAAACUGAUGUAAAAGAAUCACGUUCAGCAGAGACUUUGGCCACUUUCUUUAGUCAUCAUCAGUGAGGUAUAGAGCGCCGGAUGUCUGGAUGUUGCCUGAUGGUGCCACUUCCUGCCAAAAUGAUGUUGCUUUCAUUCCAUCUGUUGCACGAUGGGAUUGUCAGCUAUAAAGUAUGGGAUGAAAGUAGUCCUCGCUGAAUAUUUUAAGCUCCGACGUAGUUGAUGAGGCAACAGUUUGACUUAAAGUCUUAGUCACAUGAGGGUAAAAAAAAAAAAAAUUAGAAAUUAGGAGGACACAUGAUGCAAAAAAGAAAUUCUCUGAGCAAAGACGUUAUCAACUAUAUUCCUUAAAGGGGUGUGUGGAUUUCUAAAAAAAUAAAUAAAUAAAAUGAUAGAAUUGCUGUGUACAGUGAUUUGUGAAUCUGAUCCUAAUUCCCUGUUUGUAAAUAGUGUAUAAAAUAAGACCAUGACGGUUGAAAAGUUGCCUCAUUGACUGAAUAAAAUUCAGCUUGUCAUAAACCAUUCCGUGCAUUUUAGGGGCCCCGGUUUUACCAGGAAGACAUGGUGGAGCUGUUACUGGAGUGGAAGGGUCUUGUGACUGUCACGGUUGCAUACAUUAUGUGUGUCUUAUGCAUUUGCUUUGUCAGUAAAUGCAGUCAUGAAGCUGAUUCCAUCAAAAACGGGAACGACGUGGUCGGUUUGUUUUGAAAGUAGUGGAUGAUCAUCGAGCUGCAGGUUCGAGAGUCCCUUGGUGCUACUGAAUUGGUCACAUGGUCCGGGAUCCAAUUGAUUCAAAAUUCAACUCAUGUCAUCUUUGCGGACCUUAUCCAGGAAACUGUGAAGGGUCGCGCCGCCUCCAGAUGUUCGGACAGGAAGUUGUAGCUGCAUGUUUUGGCUGUGUGCUGGCUCCAGAUUUAGGUGUAAAAUAGUUUGUGGUGAUUUUUUUUUUUUUUCUUCAUUUUAGCCAGUGAUGCUUUAUUUUCAGUGAUGUAUUUUUAUAUGACCACGGCUUGUUUUUAUUUUAUUUUUUUCCCCCCCUUUUGUUAUUCUAAUAGUUGCCAUCGUGAACAUUACAAAGGCACUUUGCUAUUGUCCGUUUACUGCAAUAAAAUACAUUCAGUGCA